AUGGCAGGAAUACGUGCAAUGGUGCGGGUGAUGUUGGAUCAACAAAUGGAAGAAACAAGGCGUUUACUUCAAAAAAGUAAAAAAAACGAACUUAUUGUGCUAGUACGCCAGGCACCUACUCUUGAGGCAGCCAUCUGGGUUGAGAAAUUUUUUAAAUCAAAGAUGCAUCUUUGUGAACAAUGUGGAUAUCAUUUGAAAAUGAGUAGUUCAGAUAGAAUCGAACUUUUGAUCGAUCCGGGCACUUGGGAGCCUAUGGAUGAAGACAUGGUCUCUCUGGAUCCCAUUGAAUUUCAGUCGGAGGAGGAGCCUUAUAAAAAUCGUAUCGAUUCUUAUCAAAGAAAUACAGGAUUAACCGAGGCUGUUCAAACAGGCAGAGGGCAACUAAACGGUAUUACCGUAGCAAUUGGGGUUAUGGAUUUUCAGUUUAUGGGAGGUAGUAUGGGAUCCGUAGUGGGGGAGAAAAUUACCCGUUUGAUUGAAUACGCUACUAAAGAAUUUCUACCUCUUAUUAUAGUGUGUGCUUCCGGAGGGGCACGCAUGCAAGAAGGAAGUGUGAGCUUGAUGCAAAUGGCUAAAAUAUCUUCUGCUUUAUAUGAUUAUCAAUCAAAUAAAAAGUUAUUCUAUGUACCAAUUCUUACAUCUCCUACUACCGGUGGGGUGAUAGCUAGUUUUGGUAUGUUGGGGGAUAUCAUUAUUGCCGAACCCAAUGCCUACAUUGCCUUUGCGGGUAAAAGAGUAAUUGUUUCAAACCUAGAGAUAUGA